AUAUUUGGACAAACAUCUACAGAAACCCCCAAUCCCAUCCAAUCCGCCCGCCGCCCGCGACGUUGCAACAUAGAUUUGUGGUACCAUCGAACGACGUACCAGGGGCUAAUUUGCCAAAAGUCCAUUCAGUAAAACGGGAAAUCGGAGGAACAGUGCAGAAUACACCCUGCGAUCAGCUGAGUUGUAAAAUCGAAGGAAGACUGGGACGCCCUGACUCAAACUUCACCCAUUGGACUGGACUGAAUUGGAGCCACAUCGUAAAUAAGUAGCGACCAGCGGGAGGAGGCAGCGGCAAAGUGCAGCCGUGGCCAAGACGAUUGAAAACCAAUUCCACAGAUAAUCGUAACCAGGAUCAUGGCGCUGCUGACCAUGAUAGCUAGGGUCAUCGACGGGCUCCCUCUAGUGGGUACCAUGCAGGAUGACGAGCAGGUAGCCACCAUCACCUUCAAAAUCGUUUUGCUUCCGCAACUCAGGCACUUUCACUUUCAGAGCGGCCGCAGCAUACUGGACUAUCAAAAUCAAGCCAAGAUGCUCUUCCGCAAGCUCGGCACACACUCCCCAGCCCGGAGCAGCAUCGAGACAGGACCAUACCUAUUCCACUACCUAAUCGAGAACGACGUCUGCUACCUGGUAAUGGUGGACAAAAUGUACUCUAAGCGACUGGCCUUUAAUUACCUUGAGGACCUGGCUCAGGAGUUCCAUGCAAACUAUGGCCGGCGGGUCAACUCAGUGACGCGGCCGUAUGCAUUCAUAGAGUUCGACGUGUACAUACAGAAGGCGAAAAAGCAGUUGACAGACCGCAGACGAAACAUCAGCAGCAUCAACACACAACUGCAGGAUGUGCAGCGCAUCAUGGUCCAAAACAUAGACGACGUGCUUCAACGUGGCACUGUACUGGCAGAACUCGACACGAAGACCCAGAACCUGUCUAUGAUGUCGCAAAAGUACAAGAAGGACGCCAAGCUGCUCAACCGCAAGUCCAUGUACGUGAAGGCGGCAGCCGUUGGCAUCAUAUUCCUAGUGUUUAUUAUGUACUUCUGGGUUCUGUAAUAUUCGCUAGCAGAUCCAGCCGUGUGUUUGGCUCUAGACCACUUGGAGGGUUGCGUUCUUCGUUACAUGUUGAGCGUCAUAGACGCAAGACCAAACGACAUUUAAUUACGCAUACACUUGUACUCCAGAAUGCACACACUACACACACCCAUAUAGGAUUCAUAAUCAGGCAACAACAAAAAUUUAAAAACAAAACACCUUGACACGCGCACCGCUCCCGAGGCUUGUUUAACUUUUAAUAUUAACUUACCUUUGUGUUAUUUACGGUCUUGGAUUCCAUUUACUAUUAAUUCCCGGCCCUGGCCCAUUUCAUUUCGCUCUACGCUCCCUUAGUUUACGCAGGUUUUCUGCAUGUUUGAUUACGAAUCGAGUUUAAUUUAGCCGACCUUUGAGCCAAGUCGAGCGACGACGACCCAAAUCUGUAAAUUAUAAACUCCGAUCCGUGUGUGUGUGUAUAAAUGUCUAGAUCGUAGAUGGAACCGCUGUGCCGAUAAAUUCAGCCUGCAUAGCGAAUCCGGCGGGGAUGAUUGAUACAAACUGCAAAAACAUAGCAAGGAAAACGAAAAGAAAAGAAACGAUAACAGUUUUAGGCAAUUUAUAUGUAUAAAAUUAAGGCAAAUAAAUCAAUUUACAUUGUUUAAAAAAA